AUACGAAAGAAAUAUCUUCCAAAGAAAUCAUUAUCUUGAACAAAAUCAAAACGUUGUUGCUGCUAUGAAUAGAAAGCCACCAAAAAGAGGCUAGACCACAAUGUAAUUCCACCUCUCUUUAGGCCACUACUGUUCACUUUGCUUUAUCCAGCAAGUGUUUCACAAACUUAUUCAUGGAUGAAACAGCAGAAAAUAGCCACUCAAUUGCUAUACCUCUCCUGGAUGGAGCGAAUGAAUCCAAUGAAUUGAAGCCUGAAGGACAUCUUUCCACUUUAGGCUGUACAUCCUUUUGGAAAACAUGCUUCCAUGGAGUCAAUUCUUUAUCAGGUGUUGGGAUACUCUCAGUCCCAUAUGCACUAUCAUCAGGUGGAUGGUUAAGCUUAUUCCUUCUCCUCAUCAUUGCAUGCUCAACCCUCUACACUGGCUUCUUGAUUCAAAGAUGUAUGGAUUUGGAAACCACCAUAAGGACUUUUCCUGAUAUGGGGCAACGGGCAUUUGGGGCAAAAGGAAGAACACUUGUAUCAAUCAUAAUGAAUGCUGAACUUUAUUUGGUGGCUACUGGUUUCUUGAUUAUUGAAGGAGAUAAUUUGUCAAACUUAUUUCCAGACGUUGGGUUUGCAAUAGGUGGUUUUAAUAUUGGUGCAAGACAAAGUUUUGUUAUCAUGGUUGGACUUAUAAUUCUUCCCACGGUUUGGUUGAAUAAUAUGAACAUUCUUUCAUAUGUAUCAGCUAGUGGAGUUGUGGCUUCAGUUGUACUUCUUUGCUCAAUUUUGUGGACUGGUGCAUUUGAUGGGAUUGGAUUUCAUGAAAAGGGAAGGUUGGUAGGUUGGAGUGGAAUCCCAACAGCCGCUAGUCUUUAUGCCUUUUGCUAUUGCUCUCAUCCUGUUUUUCCAACCUUGUAUACUUCCAUGAGAAAUCGGAGACAAUUCCCAAAGGUUUUGCUUCUUUGCUUUUUCUUCUGCACCCUUACCUAUGCAUUAAUGGCAAUUUUGGGGUACCUAAUGUUUGGUUCAAAAGUUCAUUCUCAAAUAACCUUAGACCUUCCAACCAAUAAAAUUAGCUCAAAAGUAGCCAUAUACACCACACUUGUCAAUCCCAUAGCCAAAUAUGCAUUGAUGGUUACACCAAUUGUGGAUGCUAUUGAAAAUAGACUCCUCUCUGGUCACAAGAAAAGAUCAGACAGCCUACUCAUCAGAACCUGCCUCGUCUUCAGCACUGUCAUUAUCGCUGUGGCCAUUCCAUUUUUUGGACAGCUAAUGUCACUCGUGGGAGCAUUUCUGAGCAUUACAGCUUCUGUCAUACUACCAUCCUUGUGCUUCCUGAAGAUUUCUGGCACCCACCAGAGAUUUAAUUUGGAGUUAUUGAUCAUAACUGGAAUUGUUUUGAUGGGUACAGCAAUUAUGAUUACUGGAACUUACACAUCUUUGUUGGAGUUAAUAAUCAACUUUGCAAUGUAAAUUUGCAUUGACACAAAAUAUUCUACUGUUGUUUAGUACUGCUUUGCUAAGCGAAACAUCAACACCAGAUUCCAAAACGAAUGGCAUGAUUUUUAGGAUUUUAUAAAGCGGAGUAUGCUUUUCUUUAUCUUUCUCAUUUAA